AGAAUAGAAACACGAAAAUAUAAUAGUGUUGAAAAACGCUACUUGAAAAUGAAGGACCAAUUCUCCAAUUUUUCUCUUCUCUCUGUAGCAGCCCCCAUCUUUAUAUCCAUCUUCUUGAUCUUCUUACAGCCCCUUGCGGCCGCCACCACAGCCCCCCGGCCACGUAUAGUUUCGUUCCAGAAAGGCUUCACUCAAUUGUUCGGUGGUGACACCAAUCUCCUCCGCUCCGAUGAUGACAACACGGUCCAUCUCCACCUCAACGAAUACACAGGGGCUGGAUUUAGAUCCUCAGACUUAUACAACCAUGGAUUAUUCAGUGCUAAAAUCAAACUACCUUCUGAAUAUACUGCCGGAAUCGUUGUAGCAUUUUAUACUUCAAAUGGAGACGUAUUCGAGAAGACGCACGACGAACUAGACUUCGAGUUCUUAGGAAAUAUAAAAGGGAAGCCAUGGAGGUUUCAGACGAAUUUAUACGGCAACGGAAGCACAAGUAGAGGUAGAGAAGAAAGAUACACCUUGUGGUUUGACCCUUCUAAAGCUUACCAUCGAUAUACUAUUCAUUGGACGUCUUCUAAAAUCAUAUUUUAUAUUGAUGAUGUUCCAAUAAGGGAGAUAUUAAAAAGUGAUGAAAUGGGGAGUGAUUUCCCUUCAAAACCAAUGGCUUUAUAUGCAACAAUUUGGGAUGCUUCAAAUUGGGCUACAAAUGGUGGCAAAUAUAAAGUGAAUUACAAAUAUGCUCCAUUUGUGACCGAAAUGACUGACCUUGUACUUCAUGGAUGUGUCUCGGAUCCGAUUCAACAACCUUUAAACGAAAAUUGUGACAAAAUGGACAAACAACUCGAGACAAUUCGUUACAAUAACAUUACACCUAAGCAACGAGGCGCGAUGAGAAGGUUUAGGGAGAAGUACAUGUAUUAUUCAUAUUGUUAUGAUACUUUGAGGUACCCUAUUCCUCCACCAGAAUGUGUGAUUGAUCAGUCGAUACGACAACGUUUCAAAGCGACAGGGAGGCCCAAUUUUGAACGAAGACAUCAUCACCAUAAUGCGAAGAAAGGAAGACAUGCGUUGAGCAGUCAGAUAUAUGAGAUUCAAGAUCAGGAUUAAUUAAUAAUCAAAGGAUAUAGAUGAAAUUAAGAUUGAUUGUGUAUAAUACGAGUGGUUUCAAUUCCUUACAUGAUUGGAUUGUUUGAAAAUUUUUCUAUGUAUUUAAUAUUCGUACGUAAUGUAUAAAUGUGAUCAGGAUAAAAUGCGAAUAAAACGAUACAUGACAGGUUAUACUUGUAAAGAAAGGAAAUCUAUCUUUUAAUUUGUUA